CACCACUACCACUCUCCAAGUCCCAGUUCAACUCCACAACCGCAACCAUGGGCAAGGCCAAGUACAUCAUGCUCGACUGCGACAACACGCUUGUUCAGUCGGAGCGCUUUGCUUUCGAGGCCUGCGCCGACCUUACCAACCAGGUCAUGGAGAAGCACAACAUCGAGGCUCGCUACACAGCCGAUUCGCUGCUCGAGGUUUUUGUUGGCCACAACUUCCGCGGUAUGCUCAAUGGUCUGCAAAAGAAGCACAACUUCACCAUGUCCCCCGAGGAGAUGGACGACUUUGUCCAACAGGAGCUCGGCGCUGUCACCAAAAAGCUCAGCGAGAAGGCGGUCGAGUGCCCUGGUGUCACUGACCAGCUCAACUGGCUGAAGAAAGAGGGAUACCCUAUGUCUGUCGUCUCUACCUCUGCCAAGAGCCGUGUCGUCGCCUCCAUCGAGAAGGCUGGCAUCGCCCACUUCUUCCCUCCCGAGCACGUCUACUCUGCCGCCACUUCGCUCACUCCUCCUUCCUCCAAGCCCGACCCCAAGAUCUACCUGUUCGCCGCCGAGCAGCUUGGCGUCAAGCCUUCCGAGGCCGUCACUGUCGAGGACAGCAAGAGCGGUGCUACUGCUGCCAUGCGCGCUGGCAUCCCCUGCAUCGGAUACGUCGGCAUCUACGGCAUCGAGGAGGGCAAGGAGAAGAUGGAUCAGAUGGCCAAGCUCCUCACCGAAGAGACCAAGUGCGGUGCCAUCAUGUACGACUGGAAGGAGUUCCCCGAGUGCCUCAAGAAGAUUGAGGCCAAGAUGUAAAUGCUUGAGGGGCUACCAGGCAUCAUGAACAUCCGAUCAACCCUACCUGCCUUUGCGGUAGUGGGCUUACGACGAGAUUCACGAUUAAUGACUAUAUAGACUCAUUAAUGAAGACUUAGUGGGCACAGCCCCCUGAAGAAAAGCUACCCCGCUUGCAAAGCAUGUGAUAUUUUCUGAACCC